GUAACUUUUGCAACCAUGAAGGAUAAGUCUUCCUGCUCUAGGCGGAAGCUGCUUGCUCAUUGCACUCUUUCAAAGAUGGCUCUUGCUAGUGUGUUAAGCAGUGAUUGUGCGGACUUUUCUUCUGAUUACCGGCAGCCAUUCGCUUUCGGCUGCGGUUCCGGACAAAACGAAGUAGAACACGAGGCCAUACCGGAGGCCAACCUCAGUUUCUGUGUUAAAAACUCGCUGCUCGCUGGGGAUGAAGAUGGCGUUGAGAGGAAAAUAGAGUUUCUGCACGGAACAACCACAUUAGCGUUUAAGUUCCAGCAUGGAGUUAUUGUUGCGGUGGACUCACGCGCCACGGCGGGCUCCUACAUCGCCUCGCAGACGGUGAAGAAGGUGAUCGAGAUCAACCCUUACCUCCUGGGUACCAUGGCCGGAGGCGCUGCAGACUGCAGCUUCUGGGAGCGCCUGCUGGCCCGCCAGUGCCGCAUCUACGAGCUGCGCAACAAAGAGCGCAUCUCGGUGGCCGCCGCCUCUAAGCUGCUGGCCAACAUGGUGUACCAGUACAAAGGCAUGGGACUCAGCAUGGGCACCAUGGUGUGUGGCUGGGACAAGAGAGGCCCCGGGCUGUACUACGUUGACUCAGAGGGUAACCGGGUGUGUGGCGACCUGUUUGCGGUAGGCUCAGGCUCCAUGUAUGCCUACGGCGUGAUGGACAGCGGCUUGCGGCAUGACCUGACCGUGGAGGAGGCCUGCGAGCUGGGCCGUCGCGCCAUCUACCAGGCGACAUACCGUGACGCUUACAGUGGAGGGCAGGUCAACUUGUACCACGUCCACGACGAAGGCUGGACAAGGAUCUCCCAGGAUGACGUGCUGAUGCUACACCAGCAGUACAAAGCAGGCGUAGCUGACGCGAGUUAGAGAGAAAAGUCCAAUUUUUAAAAUAUUUGAAAGGUUAACACAUAAUGAAGGGGACUCAUGUGCCCAUCACCUUCCAGUUGCAUCACUUCUGUUACUUGUUACUAGUUUAAAGCCUUAUAUCCUACGUGUUAACAAUGCCAGUAAGCUCCAUUCACCUUGUACAGAGUAUAAUCUGAGGGGCUGCAUAGAGGCCACCGAUGAAUCAUACUUGCUGAAUGCAUUGUGAGAGUAGGCUGGUGGUCACCCUGCGUACCAUUUAUUUCAUAUACUACCCUUGAAAGCUACAAUAUAUUCUACAAUAAAACCUGUGUUCUUUCUCAA